UGACGAAAAAUCAAGAAAAAAAUGAUCUGCUGAUUCUUGUUUGGUUCAAAUUAAUUUUAAUUUAAUCAUAGCUAAUCAUAAUUCUUGUUCGUGACGACUAUGUGAAUAUCCACCCGCCAUAUCUGAGCUAUUCGUGCACGCCGAUCGCGUGUUCCGCGUAAGGCUUUCGUGUUUCCUCAGACGCGUUAUUUAUUAAAAAUGAAGAUAAAUGAGAAGAAUUUAUCCGCUUUCGCGUCGUCCGCGACUCCGGUGGACCGCGACGGCUGGCUGGACAUGCGGGGCGAGAUCGGCAAGAGCUACCAGAAGCGCUGGUUCACGCUCAAAGGGAACCUGCUGUUUUACUUCGACAAAAAGGGCGAUAAGGAACCCAUAGGCGUCAUUAUACUGGAAGGGUGCACUAUAGAAUUAACAGAAGAAGAAGCGUACAGCUUCAAAAUAGUGUUCCAGUGCGAGGGUGGUCGGACCUACUACCUGUGCACUAACUCGCAGGCCUCCAUGGAGACGUGGAUGAAGGCGCUGGCCUGCGCCAGCUAUGACUACAUGAAGCUGAUGGUGGCCGAGCUGCAGCGACAGCUGGAUGAGGCUCAAGCGGAAGCAGCAGCAGAAGCGGCCGCUCUGGUGACCAUUACGCCGCCGGAGGAGGAACCCAAAGCGCCUCCUAGAGGGCAGCGCUACAACCCCUUCAAUAGAGGCCUGGAGACCGAGGGCAAGGCCGUGCCGGGCAGCCGACAUCACAAAGAGAACCUUCGGCCCGAUGUGCCCCGUAAGAAAGUGCCGUUCCGCGACAUCCACACGUCGUACGGCCGCCGCAUACUGGCCGACCGGAACGAGUGGCGCGCGAAGAUGAUGAAGACCAAAACUGAGUCCGACAAGCCUCUAAUACAGCUGUAGAGUAAGGUAGAAACUUUUUGUUGACUUGACUAGGGCUAGGGAGGCGAUUCUCAAAAGAUUCUCGAAGAAAUCGAUAAUGUAUUUUUAAAUAGAAAUAGAAUAUGGGUACACCCUUCUCCUCUUAUUAAAAAUAAAGUGAACUUGUCCUGGAGAUAGUCAUCGAUUGAAUAUUUCGAGUAUUUAAAAGGUCUUUAAGUUGAAGUUAGUACGGAUGACACUGCAAUAAUAAUUAAGUGACAUCAGUGUUCUUUUAAUUAAAUUCCGAAGGUUUUUUUACACGAAAUUCCAACAUGUUGCUGCAUCACGAGAAUUGCCUCCCUGAGAUGUCUCUUUCCCUCUUUAUGAAAUGAGUUUUAGUUAUGGCGCAGUUACACUAUGUGGGAAAUUGAUCGAGACAUGGCGUAAACAAGCACUUCAGUUAUUUUUGGUCGUGCGCCGCCCAUACUUCGGUGUGCCGUGCUCGCGCUUCGUCUUGGUCAAUUUCCCGCAUAGUGUAACUGCGCCAUUAUGGGAAAUAUACAUAGUUGAAUGAGCAAUAAAAGAUCCUUAUUCAUAGUUUUAUAAUAGUCACCUUGACAGACCAUCUAAGUACUGCAGUACAACCAUAACCAGACAUAAAUGCCACAAUGCAAUGGUUUUUCUUUGGUUCUCUAUGCCAUAUGUUCUUUUAAAUAACUUUAUUACAUAUUUGUAAUAGUUUUAUUGACAGUUCUUUUAAAGGAAUUAAUUUUAAAGAAUCAGAUCGUGAGUGCGUAAUGACGAAAUUCUAUAUUAUUUUAAAUGGAUAGAAUUAUGUGAAAUUCUGAGAAAUUGCUUGGUCUUUCUAAAGACUUGUUCUAACAGGAGACUAAUUUAAACUUGAAUUAUUCAAGGGACUCUUCGAAAUGUUACCGCGAUGACAUAUUCUGUGAUAUAAAGGAAGUCGAUCUAACUGAGCUGGUGUAAAUAUUAUUCAUAAUCUGGGAGAUACGGUUGGAGAUAUACUCAUAUUUGGACAUUAUUGUUUGCUGGAAUGAAUUUUAUGACUUAAGCCA